AUGUCAAAGAAUUUAUCGGGUUAUUUUAAAAAUAAUGAGGAUGCUAAUGAUGAUAUGGGUCCAUCCGUAUCAAUGGCAAUAGAAGCUGACGAUCAAGAACAAUUUCAGAAAAGUACUUUCAACUUAAAGCGGACGAGGUCUAUUGGUCUAUUCAGUGACUACCUAGAUACAAAUACGCCGUUACACACAACUAGCAAGACAAUUGCAAAACCAGAGGUUACUCGGGAUGACAGCAUGGAUAGUGACUUAGAGUACGACAACGGGUCGUCGGAGAGUUACGAUUCUUAUGAUGAGGAUAUGUCAAGUGAAGAUGAGGACGACGAUCUGCAAGCAGGCGAACAACUCCAACUACAUCGCACACAGGAUCAUGCGGGUACUGCUGACUGGUCAGCAACACCUUCGAAGACUCCGGGGCAGUCUGCGUCAGUAUCGCCUCCUCCUGCUGAUAAUGACACUAUUUUGAUACCGCAGGAUGACAACGAUUUGGUAAUGGAACCGAAUACACACGUUGACUAUCUUUCCCACAACUGGAACGAGUCAGAAGUGUUGAACUCAUGGAAAUAUAUCAUUCUGAAAAAGAAAAGGAAGGAUGACGUCAUCGAUUCAGUAAGUUCGGCAAGGUUAGAAAAUGCUUCUUGGAGAACAUGGGCAAAAGCAAGGAACCAUCUAGAGACAGUGUCGCCAGAAAUAGUUAAUUGGUCAAAGGAUUCAGAUGUCACCUGGCUUUAUGGACCUGUUGUAACAGAUUCAAAAAGCAAUGAAGAGUACGACGAGUAUAGCAAAGAUGCUGCUUCUUUACACAAUCUUACGGCAGAGAUGGGUUACGGUUCAGAUGAUGAAACUUCGAAAAGAUUAGCUACAAAAAUGACUAAGAAACAAUUAAAACCGAUUUUAAAGAAAAGGUCAGUAACUGAAAUUAUUGAAGAAAACACGCAAUGGAAAUUAAACGAAGUAAGAAAACAUUUAAAUGAAAUGAAAAAUUCAAUUGUACUACUGGAUUCGUAUAAUAGCUCAGAAGCUUUUAAUGAUUAUAAUUAUUUGGCAAAUAAACUUAAUGCACAAUAUUAUUCAAACAAUAAUAAAAAAGUUGAAAAUAAUCCAAAUAACAAUCCAAAUAAUAAUAACAAUAAUAAUCCAGAUCAAAACCAUAGUGUGUUAAAUUCCACCGCAAGUUCAUCUUCACAUUCAACUUUGUCAGUAAAAGAAAAUGAAGACAAAUCAAUAUCUGUAAAUAAAAAUGACAAUAACGAUUACAAUUAUGAUAAUAAAAUUCACGACUCUGGAAAUAAUUCAUAUUCAACACUAAAAAAUAAUACCGGUCAACUUACCGAUAAAGGACCAAAAAAUUUCAAAAGUAAUAGCACUUCAACUCUAACAACUUUUAUGAUUAACACUAAUGACAGCUUCGAUCAUAACACUUUAGAUUAUAACACAAAUACAACAACUACAACAAUGGAUACCAAUGAUUUAAAAAAGAAGAAUCUACUAAUGCCAGCACUAGCAUCCAUAUUAACAACUUCAGUAUCAAAACAAAAUAAACCGCAGGCAGUAAGGCAUAUUCAUUUCAGCGAUAGAGUAGAGCAAUGCAUAUCUUUAGGUUAUUCCCAAAGAGAUGUCAUGUCAAUGUACUCAUCUAAUGAUACAUCAUCGGAUGAAGACGAAUCAGGUAGGCUGCAAGACUACAAUCAUAGAGAUUAUCUUUCACAGGAAAAUAAUGAUAUGUAUAAUUCAGACAACAGUUCUAAUUCAGAAUACCUACAGUCUAAUUCAUCAGGAAAUGAAGAUGACAACGAGGAUGGUGGGUUGUUCAUUAAUGCUAGAUUUUCAAGAAGAUUGAGUACCAGCGUAAAUUCUACCGUGACAGAUAACUCGUCACUAAUUUCUUCAAGUACAAGUAGGAAUAGAUUGAAACCUAUUAUCAAACUAUUGCCUGCUACCACAUUGAACUAUGGUUCAGAUGAGGAAAGCGAUAACAGUGAUUACGAUUAUAAUUACGGUAAUGCAGUAUCUCACAAUGUUAACACAUAUAGAGGUUAUGAUUAUAUGUAUGAUUAUAACUCCGUUUACACUGGAGAUACUUCAAACUUUUUACCAAUCGAUCAUUCUGAAGUCGUUGAUAUACCCGAAGGUAUUGAUUUACAAACUUCGAUCGCAGAUGAUUCUUCGAAUUAUAACCAAGGUAUGAUCUCGCCAACUAUCGAGGCUCAUCCAAUAUUAAAUUUGGGUUUCAAUGGAAGUGCUGAACUAUCUUCUUCGAACAGAGGUGGUUUCAUGUGUGGUCCUUCUGAUAGUGAAUUUUCUAACUCAGAUAACGAACAGCAAUUUAUCGAGAACUCACAAAAUCAAAGUAGCGAAGACGACACAUAUACUGAUUACCAUGCUAAUGAUACUGGUAUAAAGAGAUAUGCUUCCGUGGGAAAAGGAGGUUCCUCAACAUCAUUAAAGGAUCUUUCUAGAAAUGGUUCAAAUGUUUCCUUGUCAGGGGCAACACAUAGUUUCAUUACUGGAAAAGUAUUAACUCCGCACCUUGAACAAUCAAACAUAUCAGAGAAACCUAUUAAACUUGUUCAAAGUGCUCCACCUUUCCAUCGUCAAGCCUCAAAAAAUAAUUUUAUAUUUGACUCUGAUAGUAGUGAUAAUGAAGCUGAUGUCGAAGAUAUCCAAAUGGUUGAUGUACCAUCGGUUGAAGGUAACUCUACAAAUUGGAAUGAUGUUCAACCCUCUAGUGCAAUCCCAAUACCGUCGACAUUGAAAGCAAAUUUUGGUAUUGAUAGCAAAUCGCCAUCACCAGCACAGGUUGAACCUAGUACUGUCGCUAUUAACGGUAGUUUCUCACUAAGGAAUAAUUCUAUAAAAUCAGUGAUUUCUGAAACAGAUCUAUGA